ACCGCGCUCGCCGCUUCUCCCCGCUCCGAUGCGCUGUUUUUUCCCACGUCUCCUCAUGUCCUCCGCGUCUCUGUCUGGAUCCUCUCAGCGCUGAUGUGACUGCAGUUCUUCCGUUGAUUUGACACGUUUCUCCAGUCGAUGAGAUGCGUUCACGGUGGACUUACGUCGCCUGGAUUUGCGUCUUCAGUCUCGGCGCCUUCGGGACUUUCUGCAUUCCCGCUAAUGAAGUGAAUCUGCUGGAUUCUCGCUCAGUAAUGGGUGAUUUGGGCUGGGUCGCCUACCCGAAGAACGGGUGGGAAGAAAUCGGAGAGGUGGAUGAGAACUAUGCGCCCAUCCACACGUACCAAGUGUGCAAAGUAAUGGAGCACAACCAGAACAACUGGUUGCAGACCAACUGGAUAUUAGCCCAAGGUGCCCAGCGAGUUUUCCUGGAGCUCAAGUUCACCCUACGGGACUGCAACAGUCUCCCUGGAGGUCUGGGUACAUGCAAGGAGACUUUCAACGUCUACUAUUACGAAACCAAUGAUGAGGAGAGAAGGAAUAUUCGGGAAAGCCAGUAUUCAAAGAUUGACACCAUCGCGGCUGACGAAAGCUUUACGGAGCUUGAUCUCGGAGACAGAGUCAUGAAGCUAAACACGGAAGUUAGGGAUCUGGGUCCACUGACCAAAAAAGGCUUCUACUUGGCUUUCCAAGACCUGGGCGCGUGUAUCGCCCUCGUGUCUGUUCGUGUCUUCUACAAAAAGUGUCCUUUUGUUGUCAGGAAUUUGGCCCUCUUCCCGGAUACUAUAACUGGGGCAGAUUCCUCUCAGCUUCUGGAGGUGUCAGGGACCUGCGUCAACAACUCGGUGACCGAUGAACUUCCCAGGAUGCAUUGCAGCGCUGAGGGGGAGUGGCUGGUGCCCAUCGGGAGGUGCAUGUGCCAGGCGGGCCAUGAGGAAGUUAAUGGCUCCUGUCAAGUGUGUAAACCGGGGUUUUACCGCUCGGUUCUGGAAAGCAGGAGCUGCAGUAAAUGUCCCCCCAGAAGCUUCAGCAAGGUUGAGGCGUCCAGCUCCUGUCAGUGUGACCAAGGCUACUUCAGAACCCAGAUGGACCCCGCUAACAUGGCCUGUACACGGCCUCCUUCUGCUCCACGUAACGCUAUCUCCAAUGUGAACGAAACCAGUGUGUUCUUGGAGUGGACUGCGCCUGAAGACACUGGUGGUCGGAAAGACGUCAGAUACAACAUCCUCUGCAGUAAAAUCAUCACCGACUCGGGUUACUACGAGCCGUGUGGAAGCCAUGUGCGGUUUCUGCCUCAGCGAACAGGCUUGAGAAACACCUCGGUCAUGGUGGUGGAUCUCCUGGCUCACACCAACUACACGUUUGAGGUGGAGGCUGUGAACGGCGUGUCAGAUCUAACGGGCCCUCCGCGUCAGUACGUCUCGCUCAAUGUCACCACCAACCAAGCAGCUCCGUCUCCUAUAACCGUGGUGAAGAAAGGCAAGACGUCGAAGAAUAGCAUCACGGUGUCCUGGCAAGAGCCCGAUCGACCCAACGGCAUCAUCCUCGAGUAUGAGAUCAAAUACUUUGAGAAGGACCAGGAAACAAGCUACACAAUCAUCAAGUCAAAGGAGACAGAGGUUUUAGUCGAUGGCCUUAAAGCUUCCUCUGCGUACAUCUUUCAAAUCAGAGCACGCACUUCCGCGGGGUACGGAGGCUUUAGUCGCCGCUUUGAGUUUGAAACCAGUCCUUACUUAGCAGCCUCCAGUGAGCAGGGUCAGGUGCCUAUUAUUGCUGUCGCUGUGACUGUGGGCAUCAUCCUCAUUGCCUUGGUCACGGGUUUUCUCAUGAGUGGCAGACGUUGUGGAUACAGCAAAGCCAAGCAAGAUCCAGAUGAGGAGAAGAUGCACUUCCACAAUGGCCACAUCAAAUUUCCUUCGGUCCGCACGUAUAUCGAUCCCCACACCUAUGAAGAUCCCAACCAGGCUGUCCACGAGUUCGCCAAGGAGAUUGAUGUCUGCUGUAUCACCAUCGAGCGGGUUAUUGGAGCUGGUGAAUUCGGGGAGGUGUGCAGUGGUUUGCUGCGGCUGCCGGGGAAGAGAGAGAUCCCAGUGGCCAUUAAAACUCUGAAAGCUGGAUACACGGAGAAGCAGAGGAGGGACUUCUUGGGUGAAGCCAGCAUUAUGGGACAGUUCGAGCAUCCCAACAUCAUCCAUCUGAAGGGGGUCGUCACUAAGAGUAAACCGGUGAUGAUAAUAACAGAAUAUAUGGAGAAUGGAUCUCUGGACACCUUUCUGAAGAAGAAUGAUGGUCAGUUCACUGUGAUCCAGUUGGUUGGCAUGCUGCGUGGCAUAGCAUCGGGCAUGCGCUACCUCUCCGAGAUGGGAUAUGUGCACCGUGACCUCGCUGCCCGCAACAUCCUGGUCAACAGCAACCUGGUGUGUAAGGUGUCUGACUUCGGCCUGUCCAGAGUGCUGGAGGACGACCCAGAGGCAGCUUACACCACUCGCGGAGGGAAGAUCCCCAUCAGAUGGACGGCUCCAGAGGCCAUCGCCUACAGGAAGUUCACCUCCGCCAGUGACGUGUGGAGCUACGGCAUCGUCAUGUGGGAAGUGAUGUCGUACGGAGAAAGGCCCUACUGGGAGAUGAGCAACCAAGAUGUGAUAAAGGCAGUGGAGGAGAACUACAGACUGCCGGGGCCCAUGGACUGUCCGACCGCCCUCUAUCACCUCAUGAUGGACUGCUGGCAGAAAGACAGGAACAGCCGGCCCAAAUUCGAGGAGAUUGUCAGCUUAUUGGACAAGCUUAUCCGCAAUCCCAGCAGCCUGAAGGGUCUCGUUAACCCAUCUAACAGAGUGUCUAAUCUGUUAGUGGAGCAGGGCAGUCCAGAGGGCUGUGUGUUCAGAUCAGUGGAGGAGUGGCUGGAGGCCAUCAAAAUGGGUCGAUACACUGAGCUUUUCAUGGAAAGUGGAUACACUUCUCUACAAGUAGUCACUCAAAUGACCUUGGAAGAUCUCCGGCGGGUCGGAGUCACUUUGGCGGGCCAUCAGAAGAAGAUCCUCAACAGCAUUCAGGAGAUGCGGGUCCAGAUGAUGAACGCCACUAUGCCCAUAUGAGGCUCACACCAGCCUCCAGCAGUAGCCUAGCACUUUCUACAGACACUUAUUUAUUGAACGGAACUAUUAAUGAAGAAACCUGACGACGGACAAAACGGCGACGGUCUUCGUUUUUUUUUUUUUUUGAACUCUCACCGAGGAGCUGGACCGAAACGUUGAGUGCUGUUUCUUUUGGAAAAGUGUGGCACAUCUCCAGGUAGGAUCGCUGACUCGGGAUCAGGCAUCUCUGGGCUGAAUGUAUAGCAUUUUUCCAUGACCUCAUUCAACAAUGUUAAUACCUCCGGAAUGAGAGACUGCGUUGGACUUUUAUUUUGUGAAUUUAUUUAGUGAAUUUUCAGCAGUAAAAGACUGAAGUCAUAUCAAUGGAAAAUAUGGCAGUGUUAAACAAAGCAAUAGUAGAUUUCCAGCUCGAUGAUCGUUGAUUUUGCUUCACUCUCAAUUGUUACUUCCUUGUUUUGAAAAGGCCAGACCAACACUGCCUGAUUUUUCACAGAUUUAACCAAAUUCAGUCAAAUUUUUUUUCAGUUAGUUGGAAGAAAUUUUGAUAUGUAUGACAUUUUGUUUACUUUUCGCACAGCUACAAACUGACAAGCUUGAACUCAGUGUUUCUGAUCUCACUUCAUCUAUGCUAAAACAGAUGGAUAAGGACAACAAUAUUCAUAAACCUCACUACUAUGCCAUACUUUUUAAAUUAAGAUUACUGCGCAAAAUAAAAAUGCAGAUAUCAUCAAGGUAUCAUCAAUUUUCCCUUGAAAACAUGUUUCUUUUUUUAAAACUGCAAAACUAUUACGAGUAAUAGGUCUGAAAAAAACUGGUAAUUAUCAAGAAAUUAUAUAUGAAAUCUAGAUUGUAAAAGAAAUUGAUUACAUAUAGUAUAUGUGGAUACCUGAUAACAAUUAGAAGUGAAUAGUCUAGCAUGGAAAAGAUAAUGGGAGCAUAGAAACACAUUGUAAUACUCAAUAAGUUAAGGUAAUUCAAACCAUUUAAGUUCAAAACCUAAUCCUAGUGAGUACUUAACUUAAGUUGAGUUGUCAACUUAAACCAUUUGAGUACACGAAUAAAUGAAUUACUUUAAAACCCAAUAAAUUAAGAGAACUCAAAUCAAUUGAGUACUGUAAAACCCAAUAAGUUAAGUCAACUCAAAUUGUUUGAGGAAACCGAUUGCUACAAACCAUUUAAGUUUAAACAUUUAUCCUAAUGACUACUGUGAACUUAAUCCAUUUGAGUACAUGAACAAAUUAGAGUACAGUAAAGCCCAAUUAAUAAAGAGCAUUCAAAACAAUCGAGCACUGUAAAACACAAUAAGUUGUCAACUCAAAUUGUUUGAGGAAACUGAUUGCUACAUAUCAUUUAAGUUAAAAAAUUAAUCCUAAUAAGUACAGUGAACUUAAUCCAUUUGAGUACACGAAAAAAAAGGAGUACAGUAAAACCCAAUAAAUGAAGAGAACUCAAAUCAAUUAAGUACUGUAAAACCCAAUAAGUCAAGUCAACUUAAAUUGCUUGAGAAAACCUUUCUAAUGCUUUUUUUAGAUGAGGAAACUCUCCAUUAAACAACAAAAGCAAAGUAGAAACAGAUUUUAGGUUCAGGGGUGCAGUUAAAUUUCAAUUUGAUAAUCAGAAGAGAGCGUAAAGCACAUAAAACAUAAGCGUUGACUUUACAUCACAUUUACAUCACAAGAUUCGAUUGAAAUUACGCAGAAAUCUCGCAGUGUUUGCUCAGCCUAAGAGGAUGGAUGGGAUUGUUUUCCUUUUGCACAAUAAGUGUCGUGAAGGGUGGAGGAAAGGUAUUUGUAUUUGAAAAAUGUGACAUGUUUCCAAACCACACAUUUGUUUUAGUUCUGCUGAUGUUUUUUUUUUCUUUUUCAUGUAAAUAGUGUACAGUUACAGUAUUGAUCCAGUGGAGCUCAGACGCAUUCAUCCAUGUUCAUGUUCAUGUGCAGGUGGGCUUACAUGAUUUGUAUAUUCAGUCCAGUCAAUAAAUGUUUCUAUUGAU